AAAGAGUGCUAGCUUUGCUAUGAUUCCUUGAGAGUGAGAGAGCCAUCAAAAGGAGUAAAGGACCAACAUUCGGCGUAAAGCAAAUUCUGCAUAGUUAAGUUAAUCCGUAAUUCUCGGAUGGCUUCGUCUCAGCUCGGCUCACCACUUACCACCCUCCGCAAUGCAGCUGGCUGGCUCAGCCGGCUAGCUCCAUCCGCAAAAGCAACGUCUCCUUUUAAUGGUUUAAAAACCCACUCUUUCCCAUGUCUGAACAUCUCUUCAUCACUGUCUCUGAGAAUUAAUGGCUAACCACCGGAUGGACGCCGAGGAGGAGGCACUGUUCCGGGCAUAUCCCCAGGCUCUCUACUUCGUGCAGAGCCCGUCGACGGUCUCCCACGCCAACAGCUCGGACCUCCGAAACAUUGCCGCCAACGACUCCUCGGCCUUCCACUCUCCCCACAAUCCCGCUGCAGCCGCCGCCGCCGCCAGCGGGGGCCAAGAUGCCAGCCGCCUGGAGCUCUCCAGGUACUCCUCCUCCCGCGGCUCCAACAACUCCUUCUACCACUGCAAGAAGCUUUCCUACGAUCUCCAGAGCCAGGGCACGGGAGCCGGAACCGACAACGGGGAAAACGGCCGCCUGGUGGGUAGGGUCAGUAAUGAAGAAGACGAUUACGAGGAUGAGGAGGAAGGGGGUUUGUACUUUGGAAGGAAAGGGGAAGGCGGGUGGCAGAGAUACUUCUCUUUCCGGAGGUCGUCGUCGUUGGCUUGGAUUUGUUUGCAGCUGCUAUGGAGAUUACUGGCUAGCUUGGUGGUAGCUGUGCUCGUUUUCUACAUCGCCACCAAGCCGCCGCCUCCCAAGGUGUCCAUUACGUUGUUGCAGGUGGCAAGAAUAAGGCCAUUCCGACUAGGGGAGGGAGUGGAUGGGUCUGGGGUCACAACCAAAAUCCUCACCUGUAAUUGCUCCAUUGAUCUUCUCAUAGACAACAAAUCCAAGCUCUUCGCCCUUCGCCUUCAGCCUCCGCUCAUCCAAUUGGCCUUUGCCACUCUUCCUUUGGCUAUCUCAUACGGUCCGAAACUAUACGCCGAGAGCGACGGUCCAACCUCGUUUCAACUGUCGGUGGCAACGACGAACAAGCCGAUGUACGGAGCCGGAAGAGCCAUGCAGGACAUGCUGGACAUGAAGGGGGGGCUGCCGCUGGGGCUUCGCGUGAGCUUGAGAUCGAGCUUUCGGGUGGUUUGGGGGCUUAUAAAGCUUGAGUUUCAUCACACAGCCGACUGCUUGUUAGUCCUCCAGAAAGCGUACGACAAGAAGCGUCGAAGCCAAGCCUAUAAUAGCAGCUGCGUUAUAACUUCCACUUGAGAGUUGAAAGUUUUAUCUCAGUUCAUGAUUAAGCAAAGAUAAUUGACUAAUUAAUUAUACACCAAGAGAAGUUAAUUUAUGUCAUGUGGCAGUGAGCUAGCUAGUGUAUGAAUGGUUUUUCUUGAUUUGAACAUUCUCGUCAAUUGGCUUAUAUAUUUGCACAUAGAUGUCCACAAAGAAGGGUUCAUUAGGGUUCCCGGGGCUCUGCCUUUUAUAUAUUGGCUUAUUGGAUUGAAUUUUAAUUAUAAAC